AUGGCUAUUGGAGGAUCAAACUGGAGAUAUUUACAAGCACUCGUUCAAAGAUGUGGGAAUUUUGUGAUUGUUUGUAGGAUUCUAUUACAUGGGCAUGAUGAAUUUGAAGAUUCAAGAAACCAAGGAAACUUUCUUGAGCUUUUGAUGCUUCUUUCAGAUCAAAAUGAGAAUCUCAUAGCUCUUUUGUCAAAAGACGUUCUUGAACACCUUGAGUUGACAGCACCUAGUAUUCAAAAGGAUAUUGUUAAUGCCAUUGCGGUUGAAACUACCAAUGCUAUUGUUAGAGAACUUGGUGAUGGCAUGUUCUCUAUUGUCUUUGAUAAAUCUUGGGAUGCAUCAAUGGAGGAGCAAUUGAUUGUUUCUUUGAGAUAUGUGCAUGGUAGGGGAUAUGUGAUUGAGCAGUUUUUGGGUAUUAAGCAAAUUUCUAGUUCUAGUGUUCUUUCACUUGAGAAGGCGGUUGAAGACUUAUUUUCUACACAUAUUGAUGACAUAUCUAGGUUACGUGGACAAAGUUAUGACGAGGUUAAUAAUAUUGACAUAUCUAGGUUACGUGGACAAAGUUAUGACGAGGUUAAUAAUAUUGAUAUGCAAGGUGAGUUCAACAAAUUCACCACACUUAUAAUGGAAGAGAAUGAAAGUGCAUAUUAUGUUCAUUGUUUUGCUAAAAAAGUUGAAUUAACUCUUGUGGAGGCAGCAAAGAGUCAUAUCCAUAUUGCAACACUCUUUUACGUGGUUUCUAAAGUAGUUAAGGUUGAUGGAGCUCCAUGUAACCAUCAAGAUAUUCCUUGGGGGAAGACUUUGAUGAGUUUGAUUAGUAUGUUUUCAGAUGUGCUUGAUGCGAUUGCUUUCGAGGGAUCCUAUUCCAACAAGAUUGUUCCAACAUGUGUUGCAUUCCUAAAUCCAUCCGAUUCAUUUGUUGCUUUUGAUACGAAAAAAUUGAUUAGUGUUGCCCAAUUUUAUCUAAAAGACUUUCCAGCUAUUGAGCUUACGACACUUCCUAUUCAACUUGAGAAUUUUAUCAUUGAUAUGCGGUCUAGUGUUGAGUUUUCAAAUUUAAAAGGAAUCAGUGAUCUUGUUGGGAAGAUGGUUGAGACUAGAAAAGAGAGAAUUUAUUUCUUGGUUUACAAACUGUUGACUUUGGCACUGAUUUUACCUAUUGUGACUGCCACAAUAGAGAGGGCAUUUUUUGCGCCAAAGACUGUAAAGACUAGGCUUCGCGAUGAAAAUGGUGAUCAAUUGAUGAAUGAUAGCCUGGUUGUGUAUAAUGAGGGGGGGAUUUGUAGGAGCAUUCCAAAUGAGGCUAUCAUGCAUCGUUUCCAAAAUAUGGGAAGUCUUUGA